AUGGCCCGUCACCAGAACCCACCUUUCCGCGCAGAGCAACUGGGCUCUCUGCUCCGCACAGAGACUCUCGUCAAGAAGCGCGACCUCCUGACCGAGGGCAAAGCCACACGCGAAGAAUUGAUCCCCAUCGAGGAUCAGGAUAUCAAGGACAUUGUCGCAAAGCAGCAAGAGCUCGGUUUCCACGCUAUUACUGAUGGCGAAUAUCGACGACACAUGUUCUGGGGCUCCUUUUUCCCCAACCUCGAGGGCUUCACACAAAUCAUGACCCCCUCCGCAGAUAUGUUCCGUCUGUACAUGCCCGACAUCGCCGCAUUCGUAGAAGAAAAAGUCGAGCCCGGCGAGACAGUUGUCUGUGACGGUAAAAUCAAGCAUGUCGGAAGCAGCUACGUUGAAGAUUUCAAGUACCUCGCAGGGUUGGUCAAGCCUGAGGAAGUGAAAAACAUCAAGAUUACGCUUGCGGCUCCCAAUUGGUAUCAUUUACGAUACAAGGAAGGAUAUGCUUAUAGUAAGGAUGCGUAUUCUUCUGAUGAAGAAUAUUUUGGCGAUAUUGCGAAGGCGUAUCAGGAGGAGUUGAGAAUUUUGUACGAGGCGGGCUGCAGGAAUGUGCAGUACGAUGAUCCCAACCUUGCUUAUUUCUGCUCCGAAAAAAUGAUCGAGGGCUGGAACGCCGACCCCCUCAACAAAGGCACAACCGACGACCUCCUCGACAAAUACAUCAAACUCUACAACGACUGCAUCGCCAAGCGUCCCGCCGAUUUGCACGUUGGCGUGCACCUGUGCCGCGGCAACUUCCACAACUCCCGCCACUUCUCUGAAGGAGGCUAUGACCGCAUCGCCGUCAAGCUCUUUAAGGAGUUGAACGUCGACACCUACUAUCUUGAAUACGACACUCCCCGCGCUGGAGGCUUCGAGCCUCUCAAGGAACUGCCUGUGACCAAGAACGUGAUCCUGGGAGUCGUGACCUCCAAAUUCGAUGAUAUGGAGGACAAGGAAGAAAUGAAGAAACGCAUUCUUGACGCUGCCGAAUUCAUUGCAAAGGGCAACAACAUCAGUGUUCAGGAAGCGCUGAAGCAGUGCGGUGUAAGCCCGCAGUGCGGAUUCGSGAGCCACCACGGCGGAAAUGCGAUUAGUCGGGAGGGAAUGUUUAAGAAGUUGAAGCUUGUGCGUGAGAUUGCGAAUGAGAUUUGGCCUAAUGAGCCUUAA